AUGAAGAAAUCAUCAAAGUCUCCUCCGAUUUCGUUUUCGUCGUUACCAUACGAGAUGGUUGUCAAUUGUCUGGCUCGUAUCUCGAGAUUCCAUCGUCCAACCUUAGCUCUCGUGUCCAAGAGUUUCCGAUCACUCAUGGCCUCCCCUGAGCUGGACGCAACACGAGCACGCAUGAGAGUAACCGAGGAUUGCCUCUAUGUCUGCUUGGACAUGGGUAAUAAGAACAACCAUGAUCCUCGUUGGUUCAGACUUGCACCAAUUCCCAAACGACCGAAGUUGCUUCCAGUCCUUGAUUUGUUUCCUUGUCAACAUCCAAAAUCCUCAACCGUGGUUUCAAUGGGUUCAGAGAUGUAUCUAAUCGGCGGAAUAGUGAAUAAAACGAGAAGCAGAACAAUGUUAGCCCUAGAUUGUCGAUCUCAUCAAUGGCGUAGCCUCCCUGAGAUGAUUGUACCUCGAGACAGACCAGCAGCGGAAGUAAUCCACGAUAAGAUCUAUGUGAUCGGAGGCUGCAGCGAGCACGAGCACUGGGGAGAGGUGUAUGACCCAAAGACGCUAACGUGGGAGCCACUCUCCCCCACAACAUCAUUAGAACUCACCACUCAGAAGAGUGUGGUUCCAGGGAGAUUGGUAAUGGGUGGGAAAGUUUAUCAGAUGAAUGGUUUGAAGCUCAGCUUGAAGACAUGUAUUUGCUUGGCAGAGAUAGAGACCAACGUAUGGUGCGAAUUAGGUAUUUUCAAAGGUAAACUACAUUGGCGUGAUGCAAACGCAGAUUCCAUGUGGAGGAGUGUCAAGGGACUUAGAAAAAUUUACCCUUAUCAGUAUUUUAAUUCGGUGGCAAACUCAGGCGGAAGGAGAGUGACGGUUUGGUGUAAGUCGAGGGUGGAGCAUCUCCGUCAAGGUCUCCGUGAUCUUGAGAAAUGUAAAACGUAUAUUUGGUGCGCAGAGAUUACGUUGCAGAGACAUGGUGUAAGCAAGCUUCGAGGUUGUGUAGAAUGGUUUAAAUCCGUGUAUACUCUUGGUGGACUUGACUGUUCUUCAAAAUUCCUUUUGCAUUCUGCCCUAGUGACGCAUUGA